UAAGCUCCACCUCGAGUUCGAUUAAGGUAUUGAAUGCACAGUCUUUGUUGGGGGAAGCAUUUCUUUUUUUCUUUAAUGGAGAGUGAAAUUGGCUGCCUCGAAGGCCAGGAGGACUCUGCUCCUGUCAAGAAAGAUACUCAAGCUAUCAUCUGUAAACAUGAACAACAUUUACUGCUGGAUAGGGAAUCGCCAGCGCAUGGAAGAAUUCGGCGGAUGCAUUGUCUGGGGCCUGCUCGCUCUGCCACGUUACUCAGCAAUGCUUUCCCUGUUUCUGGAUGCCAGGCCCCCUUCUGGACGCUGAAACACCACGUUCCAUAAAAGACCCUCCCUCUCCCCGUGGGCGGGCUCAGGAAGCUAUGAGACCUGAGUAUGUAUUGUCUUAAAUCAACAGCAACAGAAGGAUCCAGUCCCAAGGAAAUACUCAGAGAAGCAAAAGCAGCAACGACUUUUCAAUCUGCAGGUCAGAACCAACAGGAAUAAAACUCUCCAGGGACAGAUGGCAACAAAACCUGCCAAACAACUCUACUCAAGUGACUGAAGCAGGUGCCACUGCCGGGGAGGAACCGAUGGGAGAGAAAGGCCAGGCUGGGCCCUGACACCGCCAGGACUCCCACUCCAGGAACCAGGGGGCUUCUCCUGGAAGCUUAAAGGAAAAAAUACUCAAAUUAUGGUAAUAAGAAUGCACCUGGAGCUCAAGAUAUGAGCCAGCUUCGAGCCACAAAGUCUGGACUUGUCGUGAGCGCAGUCAUUUGCAUCUUCAUUUUUCUUUACUUAAGGAAUCCAACUCCUGUGGAAUCAGAGGAAGAACCUGCCCAUCCAGAAGUAGUAGAAUGUGGCUUUUACCCAGAUGAACUGUGUUCCGCUUUAUUUGAAGGGAAAGGGGCAGCCCCCCAAAUUGCAAAAUUUUGCAAAACCCCUCAUAAAUCUGAAAUACAUGCUCAUUUACACACACCAGGAAACUGCUCUGGGAUUUCUUGGGGGCUGCAUUUCAUAACCAGACCCCUGUCUGCAGAAGAGGGCGAUUUCUCUUUGGCAUAUAUUAUAACUAUUCAUAAGGAGCUGGCCAUGUUUGUGAAGCUUCUCAGAGCUAUUUAUGUACCUCAAAAUGUUUAUUGUAUUCAUGUUGAUGAAAAGGCCCCAAAGAAGUAUAUGACUGCUGUGCAAACCUUGGUUAACUGUUUUGAAAACGUUUUUAUUUCCUCCAAGAGAGAGAAGGUGGCUCAUGCUGGCUUUACAAGACUACAGGCAGAUAUUAAUUGUAUGAAAGAUCUAGUGCAUUCUAAAUUUCAAUGGAACUACGUCAUCAAUCUUUGUGGACAGGAUUUUCCCAUCAAAACCAACACAGAAAUCAUACACUACAUCAGAAGCAAAUGGAGUGAUAAAAAUAUCACCCCUGGAGUAAUCCAACCACUGCACAUUAAAUCCAAGACAAGCCAAAGUCAUCUCGAAUUCGUUCCUAAAGGAAGUAUCUAUGCACCUCCAAAUAACGGAUUCAAAGACAAACCACCCCAUAACUUAACCAUUUAUUUUGGAAGUGCUUACUAUGUACUUACAAGGAAGUUCGUAGAGUUCAUACUGACUGACAUCCGUGCAAAAGACAUGCUUCAGUGGUCCAAAGACAUCCACAGCCCAGAGCAACACUACUGGGUGACCCUGAACCGACUAAAAGAUGCUCCGGGUGCUACACCAAACACUGGCUGGGAAGGAAAUAUUCAAGCCAUUAAGUGGAAGAGUGAGGAAGGAAAUGUUCAUGAUGGAUGUAAAGGCCGCUACGUCCAAGACAUCUGCGUAUACGGACCAGGAGACCUGCUGUGGCUCAUUCAGUCGCCUUCUCUGUUUGCCAGCAAAUUUGAACACUCGACAGACCCGCUUGUGGUCACCUGCUUAGAGCGGCGGCACAGACUUGGAGUGCUGAGGCAGGCAGAAGUUCCUGUAGAGCCACACUGGCAUUUUCAACAGCAGAGUCAUUUCAAUAUGAGACUGAACCGCUAGGGAGUGUCUGCUUUCUUACUGGUAUCAUUCUGUUUCCUUGACUUGAAACAAGAGAACAUUGAACCAAAGAAGUGGGAAGACGAUUCCUUGAUACAAAUUAUUCCUAAAAUGAAUUCAGAAACAUGCCAUUGACAAGA